UACUCGGAGGGCGUUUGGGGUAUCGGAAAUGUUUAAUAAGACUAUAUGAGACGAAGUUAAUUACACGUUUGAACCCUUUAAAUCAAAUUAACAAAUUUGAUUGCUUCAGGGCUUACGAACGCUUCAUUUGUCUCAACUGCACGGUCUCUUUCACCAUUUAUUGGCUAAAUGCGCAUUACGCCCAGCGGUAGAACGUGAAUACACAGCUUUGUCGACCGUGACGCAAUUGAUAACGCAUAAUGUGAACAAGCUGUUGACAGGUUUAUUUAACAAAAUAUCUAUUUCGGUGUUGCGUAGCGGAAAACAAAAUGUCAGAUUCUACGCAGGAGCGAAGAAUUGUACUGCUUGGCAAAACGGGAAAUGGCAAAAGUGCAACAGGGAACACACUUUUAGGUCGUGACGAUUUCAAGUCCACCCUUAGUGCUAAUGGAGUAACGUCGGACUUGUGUCGAAGUAUCUGCUGGAAAAAUGUGAGCAAGUAUAAAUUUGAGUAUGAUAUUGUGGACACUCCCGGACUGUUUGACUGCGGAGUCAUUGCGGAAACAGCGCUUAAGAUUAUCCAGGUUGCGGCGCUGGAACCACAUGUGUUUGUGUUGGUAAUCAAAGCGGACCGAUUCACGGAUGAAGAAAAGUUCAUGGCGGAUAUGCUGAGAAUAAUAUUCGGCGAAAAUGUCUUUGAUCACACUAUAAUCGUAGUGACGAAUGGUGGAAGAUUUGAUGACGACAGGCAUUUUCAACAGUUCUGGAAUGAAUCGGGGUACCUAAAAAAACUGGUGGAGUUAUGCGGUGGACGAAUAAUACGGAUUGAAAACACAACAAAACAAUUCGACUUCGAGAAGUUCUCACUUUUCAUGGAGCAGAUGACAGAAGAAGGGAAAACAGUCUACAAACACAAAAACAGAGAUAUUCACGAAGCCGUCCUUCAAGACAUGCUUCAUAAUCAACAAGAGGACACAGACAUUGCAUCGCAAAUCCGUGAUAUGAGUGCAGAACUAGGACGGCGUUUGCCUUACUGGAACGUUCCAUUGAUUGCCGGGACAGCCGGUGGAGUACUUCUGUUAGGGACUGUUGGCGGCAUUGCGGUUGCUGCCGCUGGUGGUGGUGUCUUGGCUGGAGUUGCAGCAUCCGCCGGUCAUAUGGCGGUUGCCGGAGGAGUAGCAAUGGCGCACGGAGUGGCCCAUGUAGGGACUGGACUACUUGCAUUGGGAGGAACCAUAACGCCGUUUGUAUUGCGCAAAUUCUGGCAGUCACAAUGAAAACAGUGCUAAAAUGUGACGUUCCGUUUCGUAAGCAAGGGGCUUUUAGCUCAUCGCAUAGCUCGCAAAUGCUGCAAGAAAAGCUAAAACUGCUGCAAUAAAUUGCUAAAACUGCUGCAAUACAUUGCUUAAACUGCUGAGAUAAAUAGCUUAAAAUGCAGUUAGGCGUUUAUAUAAACAUAUAGUUGCGCAAUUUCGUGUAAUGCAAAUAUUCUACACAGUUAACUGGGUUUUGUGUGUGUUAAUUAUUUUGAUCAAAACCUAGCUUUAAAAUAAUGCAACUUUGGUUGACAAACGUGCAUAUGUCUGAUGUGGCAUCAUGUAAUGUUGUUUGAUAGCAUCGCUGGUUAACAAAGACAUAGAAUCUUUUAUAUAGAUGCAGUCCUUACAAAAUACCUUUACAAAGCAAACAAAGAAAAAAAUCUGUACUCAAUGCUUGAAUUAAAAUGAAAUGUAUUUGAACUCAAAUAUAAUUAAUAAAUAAAUUCCAUAUUUCAAAAAUACUAAAUGUUAUAUAGGAAAACAAUAAAACAUCCACCAGAUUGGUAAAAACAUAAAACUCAAAUGCGUGUCCGGGGUCCACACAAUGAAUGCUCAGGCAAACUGCCAACAUAUUUGGUACACAUUAACAUUUUGACACACGCCACAAUACAUGGAUUGGCGCAAUGUAAACAGGAUGCAAAUGUUGGUGAAGGUUAACAGGCAUGCAUUUAUUAAUGCAAAGAAAAAGAGAUACUAUCUGUUAUGAACUUCACGAAAAAGUACAGUGUUGUAAAAACAAAUAAAGAAGUCGUGUCUUAGGAUCAAUUGCAACACUAUUUUAAUCAUUUCAGAAAGGUCAGAAUACACAGUUUUAUUGACAAAUGACAUAAGCUUUCAGAAACUUAAAGAGCUUUCUUUAAUCAUCGAAAUACAAAAAAAAUUGAACUUAAAUACCAAAAGUAAGCUUAUUUGUCAAUUAAGUACAGAAAUAUUGAACUCCAGAACCAUUAUCGCCCGUGAAAGAGACUGAAAUGGCAGAAAAAUGCAUUCAAUAUUUUCGUUCUAUAUUUUGAUUUUAAAUUUGCACCUUUGAGAAAUGCAGAGAAGUAAGCUGCUCUUAAUCUCUAUUACUGCAAGCAAAAUGAAACCCCAGUUGUGCCAUCAAGAGAAAACUGUUUGUAAUAAUAGAGAUGUCCAUAUAAAUUGAUUUUCCGCUUCAUGUGCUUAUAACGAUUUGUUUCAUCAAUUUUAUAGCUAAGUCUGUGUUUUGUUAGUCAUUUUACCUUUAAUGGUAUUUUAUCAAAUGAACUUAAUUAAUGUAAUAAAUCUCAUACAGUG